UUGGCUCAAAGAGGUCUGGACUCUUCAGUACCGGACUCUGGGACGUGCGGCCUCAUCACAGCUGCUGAGGGCGCCUGCAGAACCAAAGGCCGGAGGAGAACAUUGACUUGACCCUGAGCUCAGCAGUACCUUAGAACCUCGGAGAGUGAAGUCUUGUUUGCUGUGGAUUAGAACACAACGGUCUUGGACUCGGUGGGAUUAAGUUGGAUUAGCUGACACACUUGCAGAUCACCAUGGAGACGCCAGAAUAGACCCUGGUCAUGUGGACCUAGGCGAGUCCAACUGGAAGACAUGUCUUCAUAGAAGCGUGAGUUGCAUCAUGUCUUCCAAAGAACCAUGGUUGACCUUUCAGCUGUCUCCUGGUCACUAGGAGACAUGGACAGCCACUGGUGGGAUCACGGCGACCCUGCUCCCAUGUCCACGCAACAGGUCUGGUCCACGGAUGGAGAGCGCCUGAUUGGUCGGAUCGUGCUCAACAAGAGGAUGAAGGACGGUUCCAUUUCCACCGACACGGGAGCUUUGCUCGGACUGAAGGUGAUUGGCGGGAAGAUGACCGAGUCGGGUCGUCUCUGUGCUUUCAUCACCAAGGUGAAACCAGGAAGUCUGGCAGAUACCGUGGGACACCUGAGGGCAGGGGACCAGGUACUGGAGUGGAACGGUCAUGUUCUGCAGGGAGCCACCUUUAACCAGGUCUACAACAUCAUCCUGGGCUCCAAAUCAGAACCACAAGUGGAGCUCCUGGUGACUCGCCCAGUCAGACCAGCAGACUCCCCCCAGUUCCAUGUGAUCUCCAGUUCCUUCGAAGGCCCUGUUAGUCCCAGCAUUGUGGACAGACCAGUCUCAGCCGACAGCAAGCGGGUCCUGGUCCCCAGACUUCAGGUCAAGCUGUGGCUGGAUCACGUCGGCCAUCAGCUGAUGGUCACCGUCCUUGGAGCAAAAGAACUUCCUGCUCGAGCAGACCAGCGCUCCAGGAACCUUUACGUCCAGAUCUACUUCUUACCUGACAGAAGUGACAAGAGCAGGCGCAGGACCAAGACUGUGAAGAAGCUGACAGAACCUCGCUGGAAUCAGACUUUCGUGUACUCCACUGUCCACCCGCGCGAGAUCCCGGACCGGAUGUUGGAGUUGACUGUUUGGGAUCAAGCUGGAGGCCGAGAGGAGGAGAGUCACUUUCUUGGAGAGGUCCUGAUCAGACUGGAGUCGGCCCUCUUAGACGACCAACCACAUUGGUACAAAGUUCAGAGGUCAAAGGUUACUUCUCUGCCAAGAAGACACUCGUCCUCGUCCUCCUGCCUGAACAGGAAUGUACUGCAUCAUAGUACUACUACUACUACUCCUACUACUGCCAGGAGACUCUACUGUUCUCAGCGCCUCAGCGACGCAGACGUUUGGGACUACGACUGUGAGGAAGGCUUGGACCUGGUAACAGAGUCCCGACACAAUGGGCGGAGCCACCACAGCUCCGCCCAUUCUCUGAGGGAGCCCUUGAGUCACGGCUCGGCACCUGACCCGGUCCUGCCGAGGUCCCGGUCACCCAACCAUUUAGCUCCUCACAGUGCUCUUCAGCCGUUGUACCGCAAGGAUGCUGUCCGGCUGCUGCGAGGCUCCAAGCUCAGUCCAAAUCACUCUGACGUGGGCCACUACAGCAGCCUGGACAGGACGUUACUGAGGAGAAGGUCUGGGGCCAACUCUCUGGACUCUCAUGCCAGGAACUCUGGAGGUUUCUGCCACACUUCCUGGCCCAGCCAGAUGGCAAAUGGAACGCUUGAGGACUACAGCCAGGACUUCAUCCCAGACUUCCCCUCUGAAGCGGAACCUUUUGAUGAGGAGCUGCUGAGGGUUUGUCCACAUGAUGGAUCGGUCCACAUGAGUCCAAUUGGAUCCCCCUUGUCCCGAGGACGCCAGUUACCUACUCUCCCGCCUAAAGGUGCUCCAGACACAAUUUUGGCCACGCCAACCAAAGGAAGACAAGCAACUGAAGCUCCUCCCACUCUUCCCGCUGUUAACAAUUUAGCUGCUCCACUUAUCAGAGUACAAGCUCCUCCCCCCCUACCUGUCCACCCCCACCUGCUUUCACCUGAGUUAGCGCCUCAAACAGCAAACAGCUUGGCCAACCACGUCCCACAAUCUAGUCCAGCACCGCCCUCACUCUCCUCACCUAGCCCAGAUCCGCCUCCACCUCCACCUCCACCUCCGCCUCCGACCCCACCCCCACCAUCUUCUGAUCAAGCCCCGCCCACUUGCCAGAGUCCAGAGGCGGACAGACGCUCCGCCACACCUGGAGGGAGCAGGAAAGAGGUGACCUGGGAGGACCAGCAGAGGACAGCAGCUGACGGUGUGAUAAAAGAUCCUGACAAGAUGAGCCUGUCGGUGAAGUCGUCACUCAGCGACGUGUCGAUUAAGUCCAAGGUCCUGGACAGCCAAUCGGGUCAAAGCAUCAGUCAGGCAGAAGGUGUGCAGGGUCCAGCGGCUGACUUGGGGGCAGCGGCUGACUUGGGGGCAGCGGCUGACUUGGGGGAAGCGGCUGACUUGGGGGCAGCGGCUGACAUGGGCACGCUGCAGACAAGUCACUCAUUGGAUGAAGAAGCAGAGAAGGAGUCCGAGACUUCAAAGGCGUCUGCUGCUCCUGCCCUCAAGUCCUCUAGUGUGGGCGGAGACAUGUGUUCCCUGGGCCGCAACGACGACGACGACGACGACAAGAAGAGGCGCUCCAGUUUUGGUGCUCGCAUGAUGGGAAUGGUUGGACUGGGAAGUAAGAGCCAGAGCACCUCGCAGAUCAACCCGGAGGAGGAAGAGAAGAAGAAGAAGGUGGUGAGACUUCCUGUCCAGAGGAGCAUGGAAAUCGGACUGGCGGUGGAGUUCAAGUCUCGCUUCACCCGACAGCCGAGCCACGACCCGGACGCAGAGGACCCCAAGCCUGGAGCUUUGAUCUUUCCGGGAGUCAAGUUGGCCGCGGACAAAGACUUCACCGGCUUCCUGGAAGGACUAGGACCCGCCCAGCUGGCCGGCAGGCAGACCUUGGCCACGCCAGCCAUGGGAGAUAUUCAGAUCGGAAUGGUCUACAGGAAGGAACGUCUUGACGUGGAGGUGAUCCGGGCCAGGGGGCUUGUGGGUAAACAAGGCAACAAGAACACGCCAGCUCCGUACGUGAAAGUCUACCUGAUGGACAACGGCAAAUGUUUGUUGAAGCGAAGAACCCGUCUGGCCAGAAAAAGUCCGGACCCUCUCUACCAACAACAACUGCAGUUUGAAGAGAACCCAGGAGGCAAAGUUCUACAGAUAAUUGUCUGGGGCGACUAUGGCAGGAUGGACCAUAAGUCCUUCAUGGGUGCUGCUCAGGUUCUCCUGGACGACCUGGACCUGUCCAACAUGGUGAUUGGCUGGUUCAAACUCUUUCCUGCCACCUCACUGGUAGACCCCGCCUUGGCGCCGCUGACCAAUAAGGAGACGGAAGGCGGGGCCAAGUAGCUGUCCAUCAACAUGGCAGAAAAGUGUCGGCUGUAGGUUCCACCCUCAGGUUCUGGUCCGAGGAACACACCGUGGAAAUGGACUAGGAGUGAGUCAGACGAGGAACAGAUGGUGGAAAUGGACUAGGAGUGAGUCAGACGAGGAACAGAUGGUGGAAAUUGACUAGGAGUGAGUCAGACGAGGAACAGAUGGUGGAAAUGGACUAGGAGUGAGUCAGACGAGGAACAGAUGGUGGAAAUGGACUAGGAGUGAGUGAGGAGUCAGCACUCAGGACAAGAUGACACAGAAUCCCCAGACAUGAACCUCAAAAAGUGCAGUUUGUGGAUUUGGAGAACUUUCUAAGUCAACUACAAGUCAGGUCUAAAUCCUUGUGUUGUUCCAGCAAGUCCAGAUGAACAUUUAUGCUUGAACAAAAGAAAGGCCAAUUAAAGACAUUUGAGGGUUUAAUUUGAAAAGAGAAGGCAGCCAACAAUCAUGCGGGUGAGAGAACACCAGAAGAAGAAUAAAUAACGGGAAGUAGUGGCGGCUCAUCACUUGCACAUCUCAACACACACGUAGAACUGGAACUAGUACUGCUUGUGACCUGGUCCUGGAACAGUUCUACACCAGUGGCGGCUCAUCACUUGCACAUCUCAACACACACGUAAAACUGGAACUAGUACUGCUUGUGACCUGGUCCUGGAACAGUUCUACACCAGUGGCGGCUCAUCACUUGCACAUCUCAACACACACGUAGAACUGGAACUAGUACUGCUUGUGACCUGGUCCUGGAACAGUUCUACACCAGUGGCGGCUCAUCACUUGCACAUCUCAACACACACGUAGAACUGGAACUAGUACUGCUUGUGACCUGGUCCUGGAACAGUUCUACACCAGUGGCGGCUCAUCACUUGCACAUCUCAACACACACGUAGAACUGGAACUAGUACUGCUUGUGCCCUGGUCCUGGAACAGUUCUACACCAGUGGCGGCUCAUCACUUGCACAUCUCAACACACAUGUAGAACUGGAACUAGUAUUGCUUGUGCCCUGGUCCUGGAACAGUUCUACACCGCAGGUCGGGAGACUCGUGAUUCUCAAAGGUGGGCUCCAUCUAGUGGUAGGCCAAAGAAUCACUUCAAUAUUCCAACCCAGUGUCAUGUUAGAGGAAUAUACUUGUUAAAUAAAAGCUGCUUUGGAACGAGAA